AAUAAAAGUCAAAUGGGAGAAGAGUAAAUGGCUAGAGAGGAAAGAAGCUCUGAGCUCAGUAGAGGGUUUUUAGAAACAUCAUUAGAAAAAUAAAUCACCCAAAGGAAAAGUUGUAAUAACUAAGUAGUUAGAUUAAAAAAACACAACUAUAAUUAAUGCUAAAGAGAAACAAAAGUAACCUAAAGUUAGACUUUUGAAAGUUAAAGAGCAACUCUCAAGUUUAUGUGAAGAAAUUUCCUCCCAAAGAAGACUGAACAAAAGUGAAGCAGCAGACAUGGCGCCCUCUCUUGUCACGGCAUACCGGAGGCGUUGGUGGAUGGCAGUGACAGCGGUGAUUGAAAACCUGCUGUGUUCGGCCGUGCUCUUAGGUUGGGGCUCCCUUCUGAUCAUGCUGAAGAGGGAAGGUUUCUACUCCCACCUGUGCUCAGAAAACGACUCAGUGAUCGUGUCGAUCGGCAACUCCUCCGACGGUCAUGCAGAUCACUGGCUUACCUGUGUGGACCAGGAAGAGAUGCUGAAUCUUGGCUUCACCAUUGGCUCCUUUCUGCUCAGCGCCACAACGCUGCCACUCGGCAUCCUGAUGGACAAGUUCGGUCCACGGCCCAUACGACUGGUGGGCAGCUCAUGUUUUGGUCUUUCAUGCAUCAUUAUGGCCGUUUCUGUCUACAACCCUCAUGCUUUGUCAGCGCUCAUUUUUUUGGCGCUCUCCCUAAACGGCUUUGGAGGCAUCUGCCUGACCUUCACCUCCAUCACGCUUCCUAACAUGUUUGGUGCGAUGAGCUCCACCAUCAUGUCUCUGAUGAUCGGCUCCUACGCCUCCUCUGCUGUUACCUUCCCUGGCGUAAAGCUGAUCUAUGAUGCGGGUGCGUCCUUCCAGCUGAUCAUGUGGCUGUGGGCUGCCCUUGCAGGCCUUGUUUUCAUAAACUGUUUUCUCAACUGGCCCAAAGAAGGUUUCCCAACACCAGAUGAAGUGGAUUACAGUAAGAUUCUCACAAUGAAAGCUCUACCUUCAUCUGAGCAAAAGAAGAUGACAGAAAACCAUAAAAAUGGAGAUAUCCAUCACUCUGCAGAGAAGCUUCCGAAUGGACCAAGUCCUAGGCCCAAUGCCGUUCCUUUCCGCCGCUCUGUGUUCUCCCCCAUCUUUCUGUGGAGUCUGAUUACGAUGGGAAUGACCCAGCUGAGGAUCAUCUUCUAUAUGGGAGCAAUGAACAAGAUGCUGGAGUUCCUGGUGAUUCAUGGGAAAGACCACCCAUCUGAGAAGCUGGUGUCAAAGGCAGAAGGGACAGUGAAUUUCUACGCAUCGAUCUUUGGUACCAUGCAGCUGCUAUGUCUGGUCACAUGCCCUCUGAUUGGCUACAUCAUGGACUGGAAGAUGAAGGAGUGUGCUGAUCCCAAAGCCGUCUCCUCAGGCGAAGAGAAAAGUGGACUGAAAAGAGACCGCAAGAUCCAGAAGUUAACCAAUGCCAUGAGGGCCUUCAUCCUCACCAACAUACUACUAAUCAUUUUUGGAUCCUGUUGUCUUAUAGAAAACUUGCCUCUUCAGUUUUUGACCUUCAUCCUCCACACCAUGGUACGAGGCUUCAUCCACUCGUGUUGCGGGGGCCUCUAUGCUGCUGUCUAUCCAUCCAACCACUUUGGCACGCUAACAGGCCUCCAGUCCCUGAUUAGUGCUGUGGUAGCUCUGCUGCAGCAGCCGCUUUUCAUUGUCAUGGUCGGGCAUCUGCAUGGAGACGGCUACUGGAUCAAUGUCGGGCUGUUGAUCUCCUCCUUCGCCGGCUUCAUGUUGCCAGGUUACCUGUUCUACCACCGCAGAAACCUACUGAAAGAAAUGGCUCUCAGAGAGAAGCAGCCGGCCUGUCAGGAGCUGCAGGCCCUCAAGCACGCCGAAGCCAACGGCCACAAACCUCACAGCAAUGGAAUCGCUGCUGCCGAAGCCUAGACCUCCACAGAGCAAAAAACUGGGGGAACUUUUUAACUAUCUUUUCUUUUAUUUAGAAAAUUCUUAUUCACUUUUUUUAUUAUUAUUAUUGCUGGUAUCAAUAUUGCUCGUCACUGAGGUAUUGUGUUAAUAUGGAGCCCCCAAAGGGACAUAGAAGUAAAAUAAUAUAUAUAUAUGGUUCUGGUUUCCCAUGUGUACGAGAAACAUCAUUAACUGAGUCCAAAGCUCUACCAAACUUGAGGAAUCCAAUUAAAAUGUUAAUAGUGUUUUAUUUUACCUUGCUGCUUUGCUUGUCCACGUCCACAGUUAUGUUAUCUCUUUGCAUCACCUAAAACUAGAUCUAAAGUCAUGUGAUCAGGGGAUUCACCGGCUUAGAUCGGCUGGUGCGCUACGCAUAUGUUUCCUUCUAGUGUAUUCUCGUGCGCACGUGAAACCAGUACUCAUUUUUUUCUGAUUUAUGUCCCUUUAGGGGGUCUGUAUGUUACAAUAUAGAGUGGACUUUUUUUUAGCUUAUGAUUUAGGAGUGCGUGUGUCAUCAACAUUUGUUGCUGUUUAUUUAUUUUUGCUUUAGGUCCAAGAGCCAAAUUAGCGUCAGUCAAAGCCAUGAAUUUAGAGUGCAAACACAUGCAAAGACAGACUGAGAAUAUCAAUACUUGAAAUACUAUCUGGUAGUUUUCAGACAAUCAUCACAACCCUUGCUAGCACCAAAGAGCAACCAAAAGAUAUGAGAAAAGUUACAGUUUUUUGUUUGAAAGUGUGCUUAAUUGUUCAAUCUGUACAGUUAUUUGUGCUGUUUUUCCCUCACUUCCAUUGCAAAUGCAUGAUCGAGCGCAUGCUGUGAUCAUUUUAGACAGCAGGAUAUGACUUUUGAGUCCAAACAGUUUCAACACAUUUACAGACACCUGCUUGUCAAGAUGCCACGUCUACCUCCUUUCUCAUUGUAGUCAAGCUGAUAUCUGUCCAUCAUUUUUUCACACUAUUAUAAAUUUAAGCAAAUGAUAGGACAAGAUGAUACAUUUAACUACGUCCAAGUUUGUGGGGAGUAAAGUAACGUCCUCAAAAAUCUUCACAUGUGACGAAUUAUUGAGACCUGACGCUGGGGCGUGUCCUCAGGUGGGAGGUGGGGUACACAGCAGAGCUCGAACCUAAAUUUGCUGUAAAUCUGUUUUUCACAGAACACAUUUUUAAAGGAUGAGUGAAGUGGAUCACUAUUACUUUGAACACUUUAGCCUGCCCUGUGUGCAGAAAUGAACUAGUUUGUGUGUAAAAGUUGUAUUCAAGUGUCUCCUUGCACUUUAUGUGCAAUAGCAAUGAAAAGGGAAUGUUAUUUUCUUAGAUGGUUGAUAGAAAAACACUAUUGAUUUUCAAUCAGCUUCACAUUUUUCCCUUAAUUUAGAAGCAAAAUUAUUUUUUCCAGAAUAGACUAUUUUUUUGUAAAUAUCACAGGUUUGUUGGAUAUUUUUGUAACGCGUUGCUGUUGCUUCACUGACUACGGAAGUGUAAAAUAUUUUAAAGUAUGAUACCUGAAUGUCUCACAUUUCACAUGAAAUCAGACCAUCUAGCUGCAGCCUGCCAUUUUUUCUGUUAGUCAGCUGCAGUAAAACAGACCUGUCAAGGCAAACAAAAAAAAUCAAUUUUGUAUAUGUUGGAAAACUCAAGAGAUCUGGUGUGUUGUAUAUAUUUGAGCUUUUUUUUAGGUCAUUUUUAGUGCUGUGUGGUUUUAUUCUUUCUUCUCAUUACUUUUGAAAUGAAUUCUGCCUUUUGAUUUUUCCCGGCAACUUUCUUGUCUGUCCUAAAAUAGAAUUUAAGAUUGACCAAAUGUAUUUCUUUGAAUGUUAAAGCCAUCUUCUGGUACUGUAAACAUGGUUAAUUGCUCAGAAGUUGACCUCAGGAUAGGAUAGUGUGCUGACAUCACAAGUUUGAUUUGUUCUGGUUCUGCUUGAUUCUAAUUUUUUUCCUAG